CAGCGCACCCGGGGCAGGUUAGCCUAUAAAUGCGCGAAGGAGACGGCUGCGGUGCGGAGGCUGCGCCUCGGAAGGUGCUUCACGGGGACUGGGAGACACGGGGCUCUCCUGGCCCAGAGCCGCAGGUCGGGGGGGCUGGGAGAGGGGAUGGAGGGGCCAAGGGCAAAGAGGAGAACGUGACCAAGCGUCGCUGCAGGAGACGGGGGACUGGAAGGAGCAGGGCAGCGGCAGGGCUCCGCCAGCCGGGGCCCCGGGGGAAGCGUGGCGCACGGCUCCGCGGGGGUGUCCGGUUCUGCCGCAGGCUGCAAAGUUUGCCCCCACCAACGGGAACUUUUCCGAGGAGCGCACGGGAGAGCGCGGAGCGCCGGCUGCCGAGGGAGCCCAGGGACGGGGCUGAAUGGAGCCGAAGGGAUGAACGAGGUGGGAAGAGCAUCAGUGGGGCUGGAGAGGUGCCCGGCGCUUGGCACCCAGAGCGCGGCACCGGGAAGGGAGCGCCCCCAACAAGGGGCUGGCGGCGCUGAGCUGGGAGCUCCCCCGGGCUCCUAGCGCUGCCUGCGGGAGCGGGACUUCCCCAACUAGAGCCACUGGACGCGUGUGGGGAGCGGCCCCCGUCCGCCCCCCCAGGCACGGUGCUUUGGAGAGAGCGCCCCGCCGAGCAGCCACAGCGCCGGUCGCAGAGACGCGUGUGCGCAAUUCUUAGCUCCGCCCGGGUGCCCAAAGCGGUGAUCGGCCGGGGAAUCCCACCUCCCCGCAAGGCCUGCGGACAGGGACAAAGGCGAGAGCCUGCCACGGCGGACUCCGGAGCAAGCCACACUUCCAAGGAACUUCUCCGGGAGCGGCCCAUGCGCCUCUCCUGGUGCUUUGAGAGGGGCACUGACCCUUGCCUUGGUUGAGCCCUGACCUCUUGGCUCAGGGCCACUGGAAAUGCUAGUCCUGACUGGCUGAGGACUCUGCGCCCCCCUGAGAGGCAGGUUAGAUGACCGAGGAUGGAGGAGGAAGGUUCUCGGCUGAAGAACCUGUCUGCUGGCUUGGGAAGGGAGGAUGGUCUCUACCCCACCUGGGUGGUGAUCACGCUGGCUGUCAUCCUCAUCAUCACCAUCACUGUGGACAUCCUGGGCAACCUCCUGGUGAUUGUCUCAGUCUUCAAGAACAAGAACCUGAGAAAAGCAGGCAACGCCUUUGUGGUGAGCUUGGCCAUUGCAGACUUACUAGUGGCUUUUUACCCUUAUCCCCUGGUCCUGAUGGCUAUUUUCCAUGACGGCUGGGUGAUGGGGUACCUCCAUUGCCAGGUCAGCGGCUUCCUGAUGGGCAUCAGCGUUAUCGGCUCCAUCUUCAACAUCACUGGCAUCGCCAUCAACCGCUACUGCUACAUCUGCCACAGCUUGAAGUACGACAAGCUUUUCUCGGGCCCCAACACCGUGUGCUACGUGGGGCUGGUUUGGGCACUCACCUUGCUGGCCAUCAUGCCGAACCUCUUUGUGGAGUCCCUGCAGUACGACCCGCGGGUGUACUCCUGCACCUUUGCCCAGUCCGUCAGCGCCCUCUACACCAUCGCCGUGGUGCUCAUCCAUUUCUUCCUCCCCAUCACCAUCGUCACCUACUGCUACCUGCGGAUUUGGGUGCUGGUCAUCCAGGUGCGCCGCAGGGUCAAGCCGGACACGCAGCCCAAAAUCAAGUCCCACGAUUUCUGGAACUUCCUGACCAUGUUCAUGGUCUUUGUGCUCUUCGCUGUGUGCUGGGCGCCGUUAAACUUCAUCGGCUUCGCGGUGGCGGUCCAGCCCACACUGGGUUCCUUGAUACCCGAGUGGCUCUUCACGGCUAGCUACUUCUUGGCCUACUUCAACAGCUGUCUGAACGCUGUGGUUUAUGGGGCGAUGAACCAUAACUUUAGGAAAGAGUACAAGAGAAUCAUACUGACUGUGUUGCAACUGGCUUACAGGGCUGAUGGAGACUAGCACCCAUGUGCUGAGCCGGAAGGGAGGAGGUUUUACUAUAGUCACGCUGAUCCCCUGCUCCACUUUUAAGUGAAGUGCAAAGAAUGUAGCCAAAACAACGAGAGGUCGGCAGAGGACACAGCUCCAUAUAUAAGCUGUCUGCAACAAGAACGGUGCAGCCCACCUUGUUCUGCAACAUACUGUCCUUUUUAGAAUGCAAUGAGGUUUGAAAACCUUGCUUAAUUGCCCUGACAUAGUCUCCCCCAGCUGGAAACAGCUAGGGCCAAGUGAUUCCUAGCAAAUGUAUUCAGUGAACUAUCCACAAACAUCUCAGCAUUUUCUCUAAUUUCUCCAUGAUUCGCCAGAUAAUUCUGUGCAUCUCAAGGAUGUUUGUGAACAGCUAGCUGAGCGUUGGAGACCCCAAAUCCAACUGGUUUCAUUUGGACCCAUGAAAUAGUUACUGUUCCAUGAUUGGAUGAGCACAAGUCCUAGCACUGAAGUUUCCUGUGUGAACACUCACCUCUAUGACUUGGGAUCUGUCUUCCCUAAGUAUUCUCAAGUAUUCACUGACUAUUUGCACUGGCCACAAGGUCACCCCAGAGUGAAAGCAGAAAGGGGUGCAAACUCAGCCAAAGGGAAUUCAAUAUUUUUAUUGGAUGGUGGGAUUUUCCAGAAGCUCCCGAAGGAGACAGGUGCCUCUGAAAGCCCCACCUUAAAGUGAAUAUACACAAAAUUGUAGUGUUUGCUAAAUCAUGUGAUUCCCUUGAAUGAGCUGAGGUAGUGAACCCUUUCCCUUCUCUUUGGAGCCAAGGGUGAACCCUUCAGAAAGGAAAACCCAUCACCAGAAAACUGAAUCCUCUUCAGAAGAAGACAAUCGUCAGUGAGACUUUGCUCCUCUGAUGAAAAACCAUCACAAUGGGAAGUGGAAACCACCACAGUGAGGCUGAAUCUAAAAGUCAGAAGAUAAUCCACAAUGAUGACAAGUCCUUUGGAAAUGCCAGUGGCUCGAAGAGAGCAUGUUACCUUUAAAUGAGACCAGACCUGGAGGCUCUUGAUAAGAUAUUUAGAACACAGGUGUGAAUACUGUUCCCAUGCUGAGAGGAGCUUAUGGAAGCCAAUUUUUCUCGUUUGGUAUUUAAUUCAAGAGAUACUUUGGACUAGAGGAAAAGGGGUUGGGCUCAUAUCCUUAAGGUAUUUAGGAUUCUAACUUCCAUUGAUUUCAGUGAAGAAUCUGGGCCUUGGUCCCCAGUGGCCCCAAACGGCAAUGGUUCGUUGGGCUUGAAUUUAACAGAUUGUGGGACUGAGGAGAAGGGAAUAAGGAAGACAGAGCCAAGAUGGUUCAACAAGUCUGACCAGCAGUAAGGAAAUUAUCCACUUGUCGUACUAGCAUACGCAACAUGUUCCAGUGUGCAAUGGGGUGUGCCACCACAGAACACAUUUUGCAUGAGAUUUUCCUUUGAUCCCUGGAGAUGUUCUGAUCUGGUUACUCCAGCAUGUAAAGCAGAAAUCUGCUUUUGUGCCUGGCCAUCCAGGAAGACACGAAAAUAUGUUUUAAAUCAGUGAUACUCAGUCUGAGGCUCGUGAGCCGCAAGUGGCUCUUUAAAGGGUUUCCUGCGGCUCUUUCCAGCACCUGCUAUUAAAACACUGUGUGACUGAAUGAUUAACCAAUCAGGAGGCUUUUACUAUGUUAUUAACCAAUUGUAGUUUAUAAAAUAAUACUACUUGGUGAGAAUAAUAAACUAAAUAUUUCCCAUCGCACUGUUUAAGUCUGACUAUAUAGUAAAUGAAAUAAUGAAUUCACACGACCUUGGCUCUUUUGGGUAAUGGUGAUCGCUAAUUUGACUCCUGAACCACUGAAGUCUGAGUAUCACUGUUUUAAAUGCAAGUUUACAAGUGUGAGUAUGUCUGUAAUGUAUUAUGGGUGGGAUUUUCAAAUGAGCCUAAAUUACUUAUAAGUGUAAGUCCCAUUGACUUUCAAUGCAACAAAAGCACCUCUCUCUAUGUAUGUGUGUGUGUACACACACACACACACACACACAUACCCCUACCUUGAUUAAAAACAUCAUCUUGUCUUCCUUGAUAGGCAUGAAAGAGAAAAAAAAUCAAAGUUUUUUCCCCAGAUGCAGUCAUUGGUUUCAUGAGGUUAUUUUCACGUGGGUUCAAAAACCAACACAAGUACCCAAGUGAAAAAGCUUUGCUAUCGAUUCAGUCAGAUCUGAUUCACCUGCACGUCACCUGUUGCUCGGGAAGAGCAAAGGGAUAACUAGGCUUACAACAGGUAUGAAAUUGCCCAUUUUGCUCUCCCUGCCCCCAAAUAAAAUUGAUGUUUCCUGAAUUGUGGUUA